UUCGCGAUGGGGAGCGCGGGCGGCUGAUGGUGAGGCUGAGCAUUUCUCCAAGGUGCUCCUCCAUGUCACUAAAUGAGUCAGCACCAUGAAAAGCAGAUGGGGUGUUGCAGGGGUGCUGCUUCUGCUGCUUCUAGCCUUUAAGGUCUCUGGGCUGAAAAAAGGUGAUCCAGAUGCCACUAUGGGCCUGCAGUGUUUCCAACCAUUUCUCAGCAACAUUGUGAACUGCAGCUGGUUGACCUGGGAAUCUCAAAAUGCUAACGCCACCUAUGUCCUUCACUACCAGAGUAUAAAAUUGGGCAAAAUGCUGCUACAUCUUGGCCAAGCACGCUCAGUGGUAGCCCAGACGGGACAGAACUGGCUGGUUAUUGAACAAAGGAACCUGACACAGGGAGACGACUACAGUGUCUGGAUGGAAGUUCGCAGCGCAGCAGGGACUGCUGUCUCCAAGAAAUUAAACUUCAGCCUGGAUGACAUAGUGAAGCCCUCUCCUCCUGAACUGGACGAUGUGGAUCCGGAUUGCUCUGAAGCCAUAGUGACAUGGAAGACCCCUCACUGGUCUGAAUUGCAAAAUGACCUACCUCUUACUUACACUAUUCGAUACAAGACGUCCACAGACCAUGAGUGGACCUACGAGAGCCAUCUAGACCAAGAGAACCACGAAUUAGAUGACCUGAAACCAUUCACCUGCUAUGAGGUGCAGGUACAGUGCAUCCCAAAAAACAAAGAAGACUUUUGGAGUGAAUGGAGUUCUCCCAAAUCCUUCUGCACCUGUGAGGCUGCUCCUUUGGGUCAAGUUGAUGUGUGGCAAAAAGAGUGUAUUUCUGACCAUCAAAAUCGAAGCUGGUGCCUGCUGUGGAAGGCACUGGAUCCAGAAGCAGCCCAGGGAAAGAUCCUUGAUUAUGAAAUUAUCUUCCAGGACCGCAACAAAACACUCCACAGAAUGAGUUACAAUUGCUGUGAGGCUUUGAUCCCUAUCACUGCACAAUACGCCUCAAUAGCGGCACGCAGCUCCAUUAAGAUGACACUCUGGGCCAAUCUCAGCUUGGAGAAAACAGAGCUCCCAGGCCCUGAGGGGGUGCAGGUGGUGGCCUUAGAAGGUCUGGGUCUCAACGUGACGUGGAAGCCCAGCACAGAUCCUCAGUGGGUUCAGCCUCAGGAAUACGUGGUCGAGUGGAGAAAAGAGAUUGUGGAUAAUGCGGGAGAGUUGCUGAACUGGAGUCGCAGGCUUGGAAGCAGUACCAGUGCCCUAUUGAGAGGCAACUUCAGUCCCAAAAUACCAUACCUUGUGUGCGUGUAUGGUUUGUAUGCUCAUGGGAGAACUGCCUCGGAGCCUGUACGAGCCUAUUUCAGAGAAGAAGCACCAUCAGCUGGUCCCCAGGUAUGGCAAGAUAGAAGACUUUCCUCUACUGCCACUAUCAUCUCUUGGGAGGAGAUUCCCUUGGCAGACCGCAACGGGCAUAUCAUCCACUAUACGCUUUACCUGAAGCAUCUCAGCUCAGGCAACCUUACGGUACACCCGCCCAUUAAUGCUAGGAAAAGAAAUUAUACUGUCUCGCAUCUGGAGCCAGGAGCAACCUACCACCUCUGGAUGACUGGAUCUACAUCAGCUGGAGAAGGUGUGGCCAGUGCUCUGUAUCACUUUAGUACAUCAGUUUUUCAAUGGCAGAGCAUCGUGAUAGUUUUCUCACUUGUGGUCAUCCUGGUUCUAACAGGCUCCAUUGUACUGCUGUUUAAGUACAGAUGGCUGCUGGGCUUCUGCCAUAAAGUUAUGCCUCGGUGGUGCUGGCAGAAAAUUCCAGAUCCAAAGCACAGUGGGAUUGCCAUGGAGAUGAAUGAACAAAGCACUGCACCUGCCAUGGAUACCCUGACCAGAUGUUCUGCCCAGUUUACAGAAAUUAUGGACAUUGCCCAGAUAUCGGAACCAAUCCCUGAGCCAUCUCCGCCACUCGCAAGACCAAAUGCUGUGGUGACUUCUGGUUAUGAGAAGCGAUUUCUUCCUACUCAGGAGGAACUCUUGAAUUGGAUUGAGCUGGAGAGAAACAAUUCUCCAUUUUCUGGGGACUAAGGGAAGGGGAGACGUGAUCUUUGGUGCUACUUCUGAUGCAGCUGCAGAUCAAGCUUCUCUUGGAAGGAUCAUUCCUUGGGCUCUUGGAGCUUCUCUUGUGCCUUUGGAUCAAAUGACUGAAUGGCCUUUUAACAUCCUUUGAUCUGCUUAAAACAAAUUGGCAGUGAGCUUAAGCCAGAGACUACAGUGAUCUUACCGAACCUCCAGGGUCUUCAAGACUCUCCUGCUGACUGAAUACUCUUCUGAUCUCUGCGCAUCACCAGAAUAUGGGAUUGGUAGAAGUGUUGGAUGGCUGGCCCUUUCUCUAAAGAUGCCCAGUCUAGCCCUUCCCCAGGUGCCAGAAGCAGGGCCUUUGUGGCUGUAGCCCAGCAGCUGUGAAAUUCCCCCAGCUGGAACUGAGGAAACCUUCUUUUCUACUUUCUGCCAAGGAGGGCUGUAUAAAACUUUACUGUUUAAAGAGCAGGGUGAUUCCCCUUACCCAUAAGUUAUUGCUACUUAUAAACUGUUUCAGUGUAGUGGCUAAGGUUCUGGAGUAACCACAGAGAGACCAUGAGUUCCAGUCCUCCCUUAGGCUGGGUGGCCAGUCACACUCUCUCAGCCCAACCCUGCUUACAGGGUGGUGGUUGUGGGGAAAAUCGGCAGAAACUUUAGGUGUGCAUCUAAGGUGUACAUUUUGAGUUGGCCAGAAAUAAAGGCAGGAUAAAAAUCUAAUAAAUAUUUGUAUAUAAUCUA